GCACGCUCAUCGACUACGCGAUUGCGAAGCGUGGGUUUUCUUCUACCAUGAAGCUAUCAAUUGUGCCUGAGGUGCCAUGGAAGACCCAUGCAGGUAUGGUCUUAGAGGUCAUGUACGCGAAGAUGGGUUGGUGGCACAGAGCGUUGGACAUUGCGAAGGGGCUUCCCACGGUUGAGAGACCCACCAUUUUGCCCGACCCAGAGAGCAAGAGGCAGAAGAAGUUGGCGGAAGCUCGAGCACUCAGACAGCAGCAACUGUACGAUCAUUUGCAGGAGGCGUUUCGCAACACGCAGCAUCAGCAUGAGGACAGCAUCGAGGAGUAUACCGCCCCAUUCAGCAUCUCCCAAGAGGUUUGGGAGCAGGCGCGGACGCUAGAGAAGACACAGGACUCAUGCCUGGAAGAAAAUCGGGAACUCACCCCGCAUUUCCUCCAGGACAGGGACAUACCAGCCAGGGACAGGCCGGCAUCCAGCUACGCGAGCUGGGUGACAACGCGUGAGGAGGCCACCAUCAUCACACACAAGCUCGAUCAGCAGGGGGCCGACAGGGUCAGGGGCAGAGCCAAGGGCUUCGCGUUCAGGUGGGAGCGGACACGUGCUACUCCCGACCGCCCCCAUCUACGAGACCCACUGGCUGAGUGGUGGAACAUAUGCAGUACUCUGGUCAAUCGAGCUGGAGUAUUACGGCAGUCACAGCGAAUUACCGAUUUAGAGGUGGUCUUCAGCAAGAUCGAAGACCUUCUGAGCAUCAAUAACGUUACGGACAUGUUUACGAUUUUCCACGACGAGGAUAAGUUCAAAUGCUGGUUGGGCAUGGUGGCCAUGGCGAACAAGAGCUUCCAGCAGAAGGUGAUCCGCAUGUGGAAAUAUACUCCAGGAGUUAUCCACAGGUAUACGCGAGGUGUGCUGGGCAAGGCUGAUGAGAUCAUUGGCACGGAUCGCGUUAUCGGCUCACCCAGUGAUAUCAUGGACCACCGAGCUGACAGAUGGCAGAAAGUUUGGAGCAAUGACAACUUCAGUGCUGGCAAGAUAGAAUACGGGUUGAGAUACCUACGGCAGAGAGCCUCUCAGCAGGACAGCGAGCUGAUCACGACGGGCCACAUAUACCAGGCCGCAUCCAGCAUGAACGCGAAGAAAUCGAAGGGCAUUGAUGCAAUGGGUCCAGUGGAGGCACAGCGACUACCACUAUCGGGUGCACAUCAGCUGGGGCGGCUGCUCAAUGAGGUCGAGGAGAUUGGGAUGUGGCCCCCACAG